AUGCCAAGCCCGCGCCAACCUCGCGUCUCCGUAUUGUGGACCUGGAUCGACGGCAAGCCCGUAAAGGUCACGAGCGGCGUCGCCGUCAGUGACGACGAAUUCAACGAGGGCUCCGGUGUCGGCCUGAGCGAGGUCCGCGACAACUCGGACGCCCUCACGGCGUUCAACACGGCCGCCGCGUCGUCGCCGUUCGCGACAACCGCCGAGAAGCUCGAGCGGUGGACCGCGUCACACGCCGCCGCAGCCCUUCCGCCGCGCUCGCCCACCAAGGCGAGAAUCGCCAAGACGCUCGAGCAGCGUUCGUUCGACGAGGAUCGCUCGCCGGCAAAGUGCCUCUUUGCGCCCACGACGGGCCUCAUCAAGACGUCGUCGGCCGAGGACCGUGUCGAUGCGAGCGGCAGCGGCAAGCCCGGAGCGGCGGUUCUCGGCGGCGUCGAGACGGAGGACGAGUCCGAGGACGAGGGCGACGACGACAAGGUCGGGCUCGUCGCGUCACACAUCGAGGAGAUUGACCUGUCGGUCGAUGACUCGGACGACUCGGCGUCGUCGGGCUCGCGCUCGUCGACGGGCUCGGUCGUCAUCCUCCUGUCGCCCGACGCGUCGGCGUCCGAGGAGGAGGUCGAGUCCGACGACGACGACGACGACGGCCCCUCGUCCAGCGACUCGGACGCCGCGGUCGCCUCGCUCCUCCUCCCGGCCUCGCGGCUCGCCGUCGUCGCCGGCCCGCCGCCUCCGCCCAUCCGCGCUGCCUCGCGCCUGCCCGCGCCAGCCGCCACCGCCACGACGCCGAGGCCUCGAGCGUCGUACCGGGCCGCGACGCCGUCGGGCACUGCGUCGGCGCGCGGUGGCGCGGGCGGCGUCGCGCGCUUUGCGGGACCGCGCCCGGCCCCGGGCUCGGGCCCCGUCACGCCGUCGCGGCGUCAGGGCCAGGCUGCGGCCACGCCGGCGUCGGCGCGUGUCCUGCGCUCGGCGGCUCAGUCGAGGGGCGGUGCGGCUACGGCGAGCGGAGGAGCUCAGGGCGGCAGCGGUGGGUCGUCGGGCUGA